AUGGAGGUGCCACUGCUUAGGUCAACCUUCUGGACAGACAGCCGUAUAACCUUGGCCUAUAUCCAGAAUGAUGCCAAGAGGUUCAAGACGUUUGUCGCAAAUAGAGUGUCGCUCAUCAGGCAACACAAUGAUCCAGCUCAAUGGCGCCACGUAAAGGGAAAGGAAAACUCUGCGGACGUAUUGUUACGUGGGUGUAGUGCCGAGUCUGUUCCUCAAUCUUGGUUCUGUGGCCCAAGCUUCCUCGGGGAGUACAAGAGCACCUGGCCAUCGGAUGGGCGGACAUCCGUUGAUCUGAUGGAGACAGAUGCCGAAGUGAAAAGGGAUGUUUCUGUGGCAGUUGCAAGCACCGCAAAUGCAGUCCGGCAUCCUAUGGAAGCCCUGAUUGAACAUUAUUAUAGUUUCUACAAACUGAAGAAGGCCCUGAGCUGGCUCAUGCGAGUGAGAGUUUCUGCAGAGCUCGGGGACAAGUCUAAGUUAGCCGGUCACACAACCGCAUCGGAGUUAGCUCGAGCUGAUGAGCAAGUAGUUCGCUAUGCGCAGGGCCAGACUUGCAAGUCCGAGAUCGCAGCGCUGAUGGAACGAGGCGCGGUGGCUACUUCCAGUCCCGUGAAGAAUCUGAAUCCUAUUCUCAAUUCACGUGGGAUAUUAGUGGUAGGAGGGAGGCUAAAGCAUGCCAGGAUGGGUUACGAGGCUAAGCACCCCGUCAUCCUGUCGUCGGCUCAUAAAGUUUCCAAGAUGAUUGCCAAAGAGUGUCAUGAUGCCGCUCAUUUAGGAACCGAGUGGUCGCUGAGUCGACUCAGGCACAAGUAUUGGAUCGUACGAGCCAGAAGCCUACUGAAGGAAGUAAAGCAUGCAUGUGUCGUAUGUAAGAAGCUUUAUGCACCAACACACCAUCAGAAGAUGGCUGAUCUUCCACCGGAGCGUGGUGAAUCAGGCAGCCCUGGCUUUUCCUGUGUUGGGGUGGACAUAUUUGGCCCUUUCUACGUGAAAUUAGGGCGUUUGGAAGUAAAAAGGUAUGGUUGCUUGUACACACGCCUCACUGUGAGAGCAGUGCACAUCGAAGUGUUGAAUAGCCUAGAGACGGAUGCCUUCUUAGCUGUGUUCUUCCGAUUCAUAGCACGUCGUGGCUGCCCCGUUAAAGUAUUCUCAGACAAUGGGAGCGCACAAUGA